AUGGCAGGAAUACCAUCAUUCUUUCAACGCUCUAACGACCGCAUCCACCGCAGCCAUGACUUCUGGACCGGCAAAAGAAAAGGCUUCGUCAUUGCCUCGACCGUGGCAAUGAUUGCGCUCAACCUUCUUUUCCUUGCCGAUCUCUCGUACCUGUACGGCGUCGUCUUCAAAAGCGGCUUCAGGGUCCACAACUUCAAGGUGCUGAUGGUGGACUUUGACGGCGGGGUUAUUGGACAGUCGGUCAACGGCGCCUAUCAGCAAUUCCAGGGAAACACUUUCCCAACCUUGAUCCAGCAUGACGCUUCCGAGUUCCCUACCGAGUCUGAUGUACGCGAGGCGGUGUGCAAGGGCCACUUUUGGGGCGCAAUAUACACUCACCGUGACGCCAGCAGCCGCCUCGCUGCAGCUCUGGCUGGUGGUGAGGCUGCUACCUCCUACAACCCCGCCGACACAAUAACCUACGUCUGGAAUGCUGCGCGCUACCCUUCCUUCUCGCAAGGAUAUGUUCAGGCGAACCUCGUGCAGCUCGCGGGUGCCGCAGGCACAGUCUACGGCAAGAUCAAUGGCACUGGCGCUGCGCAAUCAAUGAACGUUACCGAUGCCGCUGCCGUCCAGGCCUUCCUGAACCCCAUCCAAGGCGUCGCCGCCCCCAUCCAACCCACUACGCAAGGCACCCGCGUCUUCUACAACACUGUCGGUGUGAUCAUGCCGAUGCUGAUCAACUUCUUCUUCGUCAUGGCCUUGAACGGCAUCUCCGGGCAGAUGCAGUUUCUCAGCCGUCUCCCCCGCCUGGACAACUGGGUCAUACGCACAAUCUUUUCGGUCAUAUUUACCUUCACCGCCGCUCUGGUCACGACAGCGUUCACAUGGGAAUACAGGGAGUCGUGGGCUGUCACUGGGGGUGAUUUCGCUCUGACCUGGAUGGCCCUGUGGCUGUUCAUGCAUGUCAACUACUACGUUUAUGACGCGAUCACAGCCUUUAUUCCGAUGACGUUCCUUGCCUUCUUUGUCUUUACCUGGAUCAUCAUCAAUGUCGGCAGUGCCGUCGCGCCGUUUGAGAUCACGCCUGGGUUCUACCACUGGAGCUACGCUCUUCCUGCGAAGGAGAUGUACGACAUCCUGACCACAAUCUGGAGUAAGGGAUGCGCCAACGUCAACUACCGCGCGCUCCCUAUUCUGUUCUCGUGGUGGGUGGUCGGCACUGUCGUCAGCUUCUUCUCGACGAGGCGUCGCUGUGAUGACGCUAUGAAGGCUGCGGCUGAUGAGAAGGCGAAGUGGGAGAAAAUUCUGAAGACCGGCGAUGAGGAAAAGCGAGGAGAAAGCGAUACGGCAAAGUCCGCGGGCGCAGACCUGGAAAAGGGGGAGGACCCGAGCAGAACGCCCAGCACGGCAGCUCAAAGCUCUGGAUGA